AUGCCCUUGGAGAGAGGGGCACGUGUUCCCUUUGCCUGGCAGCUGGGGACCGGCACUGACUCUGGUCCGGAGGCAGGUGAGGCGCUUGCUGGGCUGCGGCGUCCGCUCCGGCUCCGGGACCGCAGUGGCCUUGCCAGAUUGCGUGUGGAUGUGCCUCGAGACGGCAUGUGCAUCUUCUUGAACCUUUCCAGGUAUACAAAACUUGGCUAUGCAGGAAAUACAGAACCUCAGUUCAUUAUCCCAUCAUGUAUUGCAAUCCGAGAAUCAGCCAAAGUAGGUGACCAGGCUCAGAGGAGGGUGAUGAAGGGCGUUGAUGAUCUGGACUUUUUCAUAGGAGAUGAAGCCAUAGAUAAACCUACCUAUGCUACAAAGUGGCCUAUACGACAUGGUAUUGUUGAAGACUGGGACCUCAUGGAGAGAUUCAUGGAGCAGGUCAUUUUUAAAUACCUACGAGCUGAACCUGAGGAUCACUAUUUUUUAAUGACAGAGCCUCCACUGAACACACCAGAAAACAGAGAGUAUCUUGCAGAAAUCAUGUUUGAAUCAUUUAACAUCCCAGGACUUUACAUUGCUGUUCAGGCAGUGUUGGCCUUGGCUGCCUCUUGGACGUCACGGCAAGUUGGAGAACGUACUUUGACUGGAAUUGUCAUCGACAGUGGUGAUGGAGUGACCCAUGUAAUUCCUGUGGCAGAAGGCUAUGUAAUUGGAAGUUGCAUCAAACAUAUUCCUAUUGCAGGUAGAGAUAUCACUUACUUUAUUCAACAGCUCCUAAGGGAAAGGGAGGUGGGAAUUCCUCCUGAACAAUCUCUGGAGACAGCAAAAGCCAUAAAGGAGAAAUAUUGUUACAUUUGCCCUGACAUAGUGAAAGAAUUUGCCAAAUACGAUGGAGAUCCUCGAAAAUGGAUCAAACAGUAUACUGGCAUCAAUGCAAUCAACAAAACCAAGUUUGUUAUAGAUGUCGGAUAUGAAAGGUUCCUUGGACCUGAAAUUUUCUUUCAUCCUGAG